CUCCCAGGCCGCCCUCCAAUUCUAGGCCAUUGCCAGCCAUUGCCUGCUCGCAGCACUCACUGAUUGAUAUUACCCCCAGGCCUCCCCGCGCGACGACGUGUGCUUCUGAACCACGCCCGCUGGCUGCAUCAUCGAGGGCUUCUUUGUUGAUCGGAGCGCGACGCCAGUGGUUGAGCAAUUGUCGCCGCCGCUCCCCAACACGCACACAUCUUGGUUGCUGCUGCCCCACGCACCCACGAGCAGGACCAACCCAGGUUGAGACACACCUGGCUUUCUCAUCGACAUUUUCGCACCUGCCAUCGCCAACAGCAGGAGCCUGCCGGCGCCGUCAUUGUCGAAAGACACCUCGAGCGCACCCGCCGCCCGCACUACAAUACACGACUGCCCGGCUUUCACUAGCUGCGCGCACCUGUCGUCGACGCAUCCUCUCGCCGACUGGAACCUACUGGAUCCCCUUCUGCACUCGCCCGGCGUCUCGCAUCCGACGCCGUUGUUGUAUCAUUCUUGUACCGAUACUGGCCCUUCACCCACCUUUUAAUGCAUUGCGCGGCUCCCACACACUAACCCUACGACAUCUUCGACUCGACUCUCACGAGAGCAGCGAUGCCGUACACUCCCCCGUCGCAGCAAUCUCCUGCGUCGUCCAAGUCGAAUUCCCCCGUCAUCAGCAGGAGCUCGUCGUACCAUCAAGAUGAUGCAAACAUUCCUCGCUCGCCCGCCAGCACUCGACCGCAGCCGCCCCGAUCAAACUCAUCGACAUCGUAUCUGCACCGACACCGUCGAUCGCCGUCGUGGGGCUCCAAAACAUCGGCGGAUGGCGCUCCGCCAACCCCGACAGACGCACCGGAUGCCACUAUUAGCGCUACCGACUUUGCACUUUCCAGCAGUCUGCGGCAGUCACCACCACCGGUUAACAACCUGCGGAUUCCAACUGGCGCGGUGAUGUCCCCGCCAGACUCGUCGGAAAACUCUGAUGGAGACGAAAGUGGGAAUAGUGAUCGAGGCCGAGAGCUGGAACAGAAUUGGGAUCAGUUGCAACAGGCAGUGCGGCAGAUUAACCUCCGUAGGGAUGGUUCGCCCGACAAGGUCGGUAAUCACCUCCAACAGCAGCACGCCGACUCUGCACCCACCUCAGAAUCGGCCUCACCCACAGCAUUGAUGAGGCCAGCCUUGUCGGCCGAGGCUCGCAAAAUCUCCCACUCCCGGUCGUCGACGGAGUCCAAGGUCAUUCUCAAAACAACGUUCGCCGAUUCUCCAUCGCACACGUCUGACGAGAGCGAUGAGGACGAAGGUUCUCUGUCAAAGCCGGCGCUAGUGCGGAAGAAGUCCGGCGAGCUGGUGAAGCCGGCGUUGCGGCCGUCAUCCAGGCGGCGUUAUUCGAGCAUGCCUGGCACCCCGACAUACCACAAGUCCGUCCACUUCAACGACAGCGACAACCAGACCAGACAUUUUCUGCAAGUCGACAAGCCCAUCGCCGUCAGUGCGGGCUCAUCUCCUGUCGAAACCUACGACAGCGAGUCCGAAUUUCCCUUCAACGAUGAUGACGGCAAGAAGCCUGAGCUCGAAAUCAAGAUCGCCAAUUUCCCCGAGGAUUCGUUUGAGCGCCGAGCCCAGCCCAUCCGUGUUGAGAGGAUCUUCCUGUCAGCAGACAAGACCACCCUAGUCGGAGUGUGUGCAGUCCAGAACAUCUCUUUCCACAAACAAGUCGUCGCCCGCUUCACUCUUGACUACUGGAAGACCACCUCCGAAGUGGCUGCCGAAUAUAACAAUGAUAUUCGCACACCAUCCAUGGAUGGCUGUGACCGCUUCAACUUCCACAUCAAGUUGUCAGACCAGGCAAACAUCGACAACAAGACGUUGCUCUUGUGCGUCCGCUACAGUGUCGCCGGUCAGGAGUUCUGGGACAGCAACAACAUGAUGAAUUAUCAGAUCGACUUCCACCGUGACCAGCCAAAGAAGGCUGCCAAGAAGGUCUCUAUCAGGCAUAACCAACUUGGUCAGCGACCACUCAAUGCCAUUCCCCGCAGUCGACACAAUGCAUCAUCGGCCCGCGGUAGAAAAGACCGAGAGUCCGUCGACGAUGACUUUGUCCCUGCGCACACCUCUGCGUACUCUUUUGGCUCUGCAGACGACCUGUUGUCUAUGUCUACCGGGUCUAUCAAACUCAAGCAGAAGCCGAAGCGUACCCCAAUGUUCGCUACUAGUGCAGCUGCCCCAACCCAGCCCCAGCACGGCCUUGGUAGCAGAUACGACUUCAGCUCAUCCUUGUCCGCUGCACUCGGCACCGCACAGGACAAGCUGGGUCAGCGCAGUGGUCUGAUGAUGAAUGGCAACGCUGGCCGUAUCCCACCGAAUGGAGGCUACUUUGGUCCACUGGAUCGCACCGAGCCUGACAAGGCUCCUGCGCCGACAGAACGACCCGAUGCUCUCACGACUGACCGGCCGGCCAUGGGAUCUGACCAGUACAAAGACCUAGUCCAGAAGUUCUGUUACGUAGGUUCUGCCCGCACCAGCCCCUCUAUCACCAAGGUCUAGGAACCCAGUCACAAUCACAGCGCUGACCACCUAUCCAGUUCACACCUGGUCCGGCCAAAGGAGUAAGCUCUGCUGCUACGACUGCUCCGAAGUCUGCUCCUGUCAAGCAGGAGGCCAAACCUGCUGACACGGAUGGUGCGAACGAAUCGGACUCCUCCAGCAACUCAAGCUCAUCUUCUGGCAGUAGUACUCCGACGAAUGAGCAAGAGGUUAGCCAGCAACGAGUAGCGCAGUCUCCCGCUCUUGGUCCAUUCAUCUCUCGCUCACAAUCUCCAGCAGCGCAGGUGACUGGCCAGGCAUUGGGUUCUCGCUCUGCGUCACCGGUGGCCUUUGGAUAUCCUUACAACCAUUCUCAUCGCGAUGGCUACCUGUCUGAUACGCCCCGAGCCACCGCGAUCCGUGGUUGAGAAUUUGACUGAUCGUCACUGCGGUGUUUCUGCCUUCUGUUUCUUCUCGACUUUGUCACUCGAUAUGGGAGCACGCAGCGACCUUGUCACGACGAUCACGAUUGCACGAUAUACGAUCAUCAGCGGAGAUGUUCUCCGCAUUACCGACUACUUCCAGCAACAGAACUGCGUGGCAGGACUUGGGAGAUGCAGUGUUCACGCUACUACUGCUCUUGUCGGGGGAAGUUUGGGAUUUUUGUUUCACUCUUGCACUUCUAGCGAGUACCGAAUUUUUAAUGUAUGGCGUUCUGGCAUAGACUUGCUUUUUAAUCCUGAGAACCCGGUAUGCGUGCCAUUGAGUUGCUCAUUUGGCAUGCUGGCUCUCUAGGUGGGGAAUGGGGAAACCGCAUCGUAAAAAGUUGGGGUUUUGUUUUGGGAAUCACUCUUCUCUUCUCUGCAUGGACAAAAAACAAGAACUUUUUGUGGAUGGAUUAUGAGAGAGGAAGGCAUGGCUUGGGUUCUUCUAUCUUGGGAUGGUUUCUCAUCAUUCUGGGUUGUUCAGGCUCAUGGUCGGGGUUUGUUUUGAACAGGAGCGAUGGCGUUUUGAUCAUGGAAGGUCGGUUCUUACUUCUCCAUUUGGGCUUGCUUGAGUCGCUGUGCGGCAAGUGUGCCCGGCAUGUUCGUGUUCGUGUUCUGCAGAUACAGGAAUUUUCUCAAUUCGAUGAUUGCUACUACAACUACCAAU